GCAAGCCGCUGGGAGAGAGAAAACUCGCGUUUUCUGUCCGAGUGGCGUCCUGCAUGGACCUAAGCUCGUCUUGGGGAAACGAAGAUCUCUUGCUGUCCCGUCCACUCGUGUCCGUCCGCUUUUUCGCGCCCGCCACUAUUUCGGGAGAACUGCGAGAGCCUCUUUUCUUCUCAGGAAAUGCAACACAAACGACACAGCGAGUGUUUCCUGUACCCGUCCAAAGCAGACACUGGGUUCCAAAGCCCGAUCCAAGGUGGGGUCUGAGAGGUCUCUCCCGCGUUUGCGCAAAAAUAUCUGCCAAGCCUGGUUCCAAAAAGCAACGUUGUUCACAAGUGUUCGCAUCUGCCUCGUCACCUGCCUUCCAGUCUCUCGAAAAAAACUUUGUCUUCUGUGCGGUAUACAAACUGCCGUCUGUUUUUCUCGUCGCCUGCGUAACUCCCGUGCCGGGUUCUGAACAUGUUCGAGGACACACAACGACGCUUUGCGAGCGGUAGACUCCUUGUUGCUCGUCCUGUUUUUUCCGCCAUCAUUGUAAAUGUACGCUCCGUUUUUUUAUCGUGCGCGUAUGGCGCGCUCGAUCGCGACAAGAGUUGAAUGCUGCACGCUCUUCCGCUUGGUUUAACGUCCGCCUCUACCGAGGGACUCCCCAAAUACGGCGCCACCAACUCUUGCCAGGUCUUCUGUCCUGUCUUUGUCUCUUGUUCGUUUUUUCCCCUCAAGUCGUCCUGUCACAACCACAUGAUAUCACAGAGGGACUCUGCUCAAUGGACGCCUGAGUGCUGCCGAGCGUUGCUGACCUCGACGGCGUUCCGGUUGUGCGCGGUCGUUGUCCAGACUGUGUCGGCGUCGAUUUUCAGCCUUUUAAACGGGAAAACUGGAGGGGUUUCUGUCGCGAGAGAUUUUGGGACUUUCUCCAUAAAAGACGGAAGUGCAUCUGCGCUGAGGCAGAAGACUCUGCGGGGCACUCGCUCUGGCAUUCUCCGGCUGUAGAGACAGCCCGCCAGACGCAGGGAGCAGCACUCAGUCCCGUCUGUCCUCGGGUGUUCCACUCCUCUGCUCGCGUGAGGAAGAACAUAUGUCUAAAGAACUCCUCUCAGGACGAAUACAUCCCUUCGUAAGCUUCUGGGUGUGUGUGCUUGUUCAUACUGGGGAGGACUGCUUCCUCCCCGUCUUUGCCGCCCCUGUCGGACACCCAUAUUACACCCUUUUCUUGCUCGAGUAUGCGUCGGUUCGCCAGUCACGAUGCCAGCUGCGUCGGAUCCCUCUUGUUCUGUCAUUUUCGAAGCGCAGGCCUCUCACUCGCCGCAAUCUUCCCCGUCGAACGCCACCACAACCGAGACAGCUGGAAACGGGUCUUCGUCGCCCACCUCUCUUCCCGUCGCAAUCUCUUCACCCGUCAUCGGCGCGCCUUUUUGCGCAGGUGGGGCGUCUGUAGAGGAAACAGCCGGGCACUGUGCGAGCAUCCGCUGUCCUCGUGGGUUGGCCGGCUCAGAUGCUCGGGAGGACGAGGGGAGUUCGCCAGAGUUUUCUGCUAGGAUGGAAGAAGCAAAGACAGAGAAGGUGCAAACGCCCUCAACGAGGGGCGGGAGGAGACAGACAUCGGCGCCUGACUCUUCGGACGCGAGGGAGCGUUCGAGUACCGUCUUAGCUGACGUGGCGGCGCCCGUCAACGGAGCUGUGACUCCUGAGACACUCGAGUGUAUGUCCACUUCAGAACCCAGUAAAGAUGCUUUUCCGAAGGAUACCGCGACCUAUGAGGCGUCAGCGUCUCCUUCCCUGCGAGCCUGCUCUGGCGGCGGCCCGUCCCGGAGGAAGGAUUUGCAGUCUCCACAGGGGACGAGUCCUCGUGGAACGUUUGGGAAGGGAGGACCGGCGUCGGAUUCUUCUUCGAAGAGUGAAGCGCCAGAGAGCGAAUCGUCUUCUCUCUCGUCUCCUGCGAGUGUAUCGGGGGCCGCGCGUCUCGCCGCGUCCUCUCCCGAUCUCCCCGUGUCGAGGGCGCCCGCUUCAGCCGCCUCUUUGUCGCCUCGCCUGAUACCGGACUCGACUUCUUCUUCCUCUGCUCACGUCGCCACGGCUUCUCCUUCUUCGCCACGGCUGGAAGCCAGUCCGAGCGCGUCCGCGAGUAUCCCCUCCACGUUUCCUUCGCUUUCUGGGUUUCCUUCCUCGACGCCGCACUCGGCUUCGUCUCCUCGGGCUCUGUCCCCGCACAAGAGUUCGCACGCGCUCUGUGGGGGCGGGUCUUCGUCGCCUUUGUCUGCUGCACAGCAUGCCUGUGCGCCUUCCUCUCGGUCUUCACCUGCUUCGAAUCCGCUGUCUUCGCCUUCGAGCCCUUCGGGGCCGGGGUCGAUCUCCGCGUCUUCUCCCGUGCAUACGCCCGCUGCGCGUUCCUCGCCAGGCCACCCGUUUCAGUUGUCUCCACGGCGGCUGUCCCCCAAGGCCCUGUCUCCCCGCUCUGUCUCCUCCUGUCUCGCUUCGACUUCUCACGCGUGUUCGAUCCUCUCACCGCAGACGUCGCCUUCGGGCGCGGGACAUCCGACCGGCGACCCCGAAUUUCGCGAGGACUUUCCUCAGUCGCUGGACGCGAUCUCGCGCCUGGGAUUCUCCACCGCCUCUGCUUCUCCCGGCCUGCUCUCCUCAGCUCCAGCGACGUAUCCGCCCUGCUGUGGGACAGCUCAGACGAGCGCUCACCUCUCCCAUUCUCCUUCGCAUGCACAUUCGACGCCGGGGAGCUGCGCAAGUGCUCACGGCUUCGCCUCGCCCUCCUCGCCGCGGCACCACUUCUCGCAACUGCCUGGCGGGGCCCCGCCUCCUGGACCUGGCGCUUCGGGUGUACAGACAGUCGGGGGCGCGGGGUUCUCGGCGGCGAGUUGCUGCACGUGCUGCGGAUGCAGUGGGGAGUGCUACAUUCCGAACGCGUCUGCACUGGAGGCGUCGCCGGAGAGCCCCUGGUGUACUUGUUCCUGCCAUGUCCAAGGCAACGCGAUUCGAAUCGAUCUCUCUAUGUUCACCUCGACUCACCUUUCAGAGAAAGCACCUGGCGCCACGAGUCCAGGCCGAUACAGCUUGUGUGGCGAGACGAGUGCGACGCAUGCGCUCCUUUCGGGGAAGGGGUCUCCGUCCCGGCGUUUCAGGCUCUCGCCUUCUCGCUCUUCUCUCUCCCCGUCGUCUUCUGCGGCAGUGGUGCCUUCUUGCUUGUCGCCUCCGCAGGCUUCUUCUCCUUCAGGGUCUCUUUCUUCCUCUCCCAGAGUCGAGUGCCGGUCGCCGGGCGCUGCACCCGAAGGUCGAGCGGAGGGCGAGAGAGUCGGGAGGGAAGAGGCUUCCUUGCUGCUGUCUCCGCGCCGAGAACAAGCCGGUGUGUCUCCUUCGCAGGGCGCCAGUGUCUCCGCGGUUGACGCCUUCGAGCGCGCCGAAGGCCCGUCGCCGCUCGAGGGCGGAAGCCGCGGCGUCCUCGUUCUGCCUGAAGCGGCAAUUAGCUUCAAAGCGGCGGAAGGCGGGAGGCCCCUGGCAGGUGUAUGUACACUGGACAAGUCUGCUCGGAAGGGUCGACACCACGGCCGUCCACAUUUCUCUGGAGGCGAGUCGACUCUGGACGCGGGAGGAUCGCCGUCUUCCUCGCUCUCUUCGACGUUCCUACCAGACGAGGACCUCUAUGGAGAUUCAACAGGCGGUGUGAAGAGUCAGAAUGUUCCUGACACACUUUCUGCGAUUGAAAGGAUCAUUCUCCCGCGCCAUCGAGCCUCAGAACUUGCGAGUGCAGAGUCGCAUAUGGUGAGCCGAGAGGCUCGCUUGGGGGAAGGCGUCUCCACGGGCGCGCGUCCGGUUUCUUCUUCCAAGGACUGCCGAGGGCAUCCUCAGGUCGCUGGCGCCCCCAGAAGCGAGGAGGCGUCUUCGCUCCUCGUCUCGGCAUUUGUCUCCGACAAGGAGAACGAACAGGAGGCGGCGGAGAGAGAAGCCACAGGUGGGUCGGGGACCUCGGCGCUGACGGGAGAGAAGGAGGAGAGACAGGAAGAGCGGGCUGAGAGAGACGAGACGAAGCCCGAUAGGAGCCGAGAGUCAGGGGAGACGAGUCUCGCUCGGUUCCAAGGAGAACACGGAGAGACAGAGGUGAGAAACGAAGAGACAGAAACGAAACACAGAGAGACAGAGACGAGACACAGAGAGGCACAGGCGACCGCGUCGAAGACAAAUCGAGGUCGAGGUGUGGAAGACGAGAGACGGUCGGCAUCGGGGUGGCAGUCCUCUUCGAGAGGCGGAGAGAAGGCGUUCGACGAAGGGCAAGAGGGGCUACAGGGAGACAAGAUGUUAGGAAAAGAGGAUGCCCUGCUCGCAACUGUGCAACUGGAAAAAAAUCAAACCUCAUCUGAAGAAGCGGAGCGUGAUCUAAGGCUCUUCUCCCUCACGGACGAGGCCGGCAGAUCCGGCGGCGGGACUGGAGACACGGAUUCCUUGAAGUUGGCUUGUGCCUUUGGCGCUGAACAGGACGCCAGGAAGGAGAGCUCAUUUUCAGGUGAGAGUCACCCAAACGACGGCUCCUCCAGAGGCCCCGCAGAAGGUCAGCUCGGCAACCGACAGAGAGAAUACGCGGUCGUUUCUCCUGAACACGACGAAGCAGUGACUUCUUCCACGUCGCCUGAGGCCUCUCUGGGUGCAGCUGUCGACGACGCGUUCUCGGGCGUCAGUUCACAUGAAGUUGAAGAGUCUGCCGAGCGAGGGACGUUCGAGGCAGAGAGAAUCUCCCACCCGAGAAGAGCGGUUGUCGGUUUGCCGACAGAGACAGAGAAAAGAGACGAGGGAAGGGAAGAGAGAAGGGCGAGAGCAGAGGAAGAACCCGAGGCGAGACGAGACAGCGACAACGACACCCGAGACGAAGAAGCAAAAGAAGGUGACGAAAGAGAAUAUGCGUUGGACACUCCGUUCUCUCUUUCAUAUGCGUGCACCACAUGUGGAGGUCCAGGGUCUGGAGGCGCCGUCGACGCAUGUCAGCGGAGACCUUCGUUUCCUUUCUCCUCGCUCUUCGGUCCCAGCGAACCGCCACAGGAAGAAGACCCGUUUGGGCUUCGAUCCACACUGUCGCCGACGCCGCCAGGGUCUCCGACGCGGGCGCCGAGCGACGCCGACGAGCUCGUGUACGUACACCUGAACCCGGUGACGGGGGAACGCAAGGAGUUUUCGGCAGUCUACUUUCGGAAGUCGAACAAGAUUCAUUUCAAUGGGACGCCCUUCACGAGUGUGCAGACCUGGGUUCAGUGGAUUGAAGCUGGGCAGCUGGCAAGUCCUCAUUUUCUCGCUCAUUUGCACUGUGGAGACGAAGAGGCGAACGCCGACACCGAGAACGUGGAGCGCAUGCAAGGCGACGAAGGAGGCGGCUCAGCUUGGCUAGAGCACGAACGAAAAGCGAGUUACGCGGCCUUCCUCGGGAACGACGAGGAAGCUCACCUGCACUUUGAGGAAGGCGACGAAGACGGAAAGGCGGUCGAGGGUUCGUUCUUCUACGACCGGAACAGCGACGCGUACUGCUUCUCGCGCGAGAAGGACGGAGAGCGCGACUCGAGUUCGAGUGACAGCUCCAGCGACAGUGAGAGCAGCGGUGACGAGGACGAGGGAGAAGAAGACAUCUUCGACCUGUACGCGGGACAGAGGAAUCUGAGGAGUGGCGGGGACGCCGAGACGCGUCGCAGUCCGACGGGGAAGGAUGAGACGAGAGAGCGUGGAGACAGCUUGGCGGAGGAAGAGGAAGAGAUGGAGCCCGAGCCUCUGGGAGGAGAAGAGCGACGAGGUACUUGGGCUGCCUCUUUCGGAACUGAUCACCUGCAGAGAAUUGGAGAGGUCGUUUUCGACAGACGGGGGGAAACAGCGGACUCGAGAAACUGUGAGCUCAGGGAGGCCAGUGAAGAGCCGGGAGAAAACCUUUCACCGACAAACAGAGCAGGCGUGGGGGGUUACGGGGCGCAUGCAGUUGGGAGCGCUGAAGCCUUGCGCGGCCACAAGGAAAGAAAGGCGGAAGACCAGCACGCUCGUCCUGAAGAUGGACAUCCAGAAGGCGACGGAGAGACAAAAGGCGGGGGCGAGACAGCUGUCGAGGCGUUGUUGAGAGAGCGACGAGGGAUGGCCGCUGUCGAGACAACCGAAGAGCGAACGUUUCCAGGGACAGAGGUGGGCUUGGAUUAUAAGACGAAUGCAGAGGAGAAGCGCUCCUCCGGCUGCUGGGGUGCGGAGGAAGAAAAGGGGGAAGAGAAGUCUCAGGCGUCGCGACAACGCUCUGGCGAAAGUUCACCUUUCCCUGAGCAGGGCGCCUUCCCAGAUUUGUGUGUAUGGACAGCGGAGGCGCGGGAGACGGAAAAGCAGGAGGCAGCGUUUGUCUCUUCUCGUUUCGGCAGUUCACCCUCAAGCGACACUGGAGAGCAAGAGACAAGUCAGGGAGGCAGAAGCGUGAGCUACGACCAAGACACCGAUCCGUUUUCUAUUCCUCUCGUCGACCCUUUUGCGUCGUGGACUGCGUCAGAAAGCGUCGAGAACUCGUCUGGUGGCGGCUGUGGGGGAGGCGAGGAAGAACGGCGGACUUUGAUGAUUCAGAAGGGAGAAGGCGCGUCCCCGAACUUCGCUCAAAGCGAUGGAUGGGCUGUCUUUCCGUCCUCGUAGGAACCGGUCAAGCUCAUAGUGAGGGACACCCUGAAAUAAUGCAGACGAACAGAGAGAACCAGAUCCAACUCAUGACACCGAUGCAUGGUGUACAUACACCCGAGUAGCCCGACUGCUUGCGUGAAAACUUGGGAGAGACAGAGAACGCCCUCCGAACCCAAUCUGGUGGCCUGUGUAGAAGGCUCUGCGAGAAGUGUACGUGCUCGAUGUAGACGACAGAGGCUGCAGAUUCGAAGACAGUUGGGACACCGUUGUCAGAGCGAGUGAGAGAGAAAAACGUGAGCGGAAGAGAAAGGAGUUGCCGACGCCGUUGUUGUGGUAGAGCGAAGUUCAAAAAAGGAGUCUUAGGAAAGAAGAGAGCAUUGCUCUCUGCUCAGCUCGUGCUGCCUCUCGGAGUGGAAAGAGCGAAAGAAAAGAAGUAGGAAGUUGAGAGCCAACAGACUACCGAACCUUCAGUGACGUUUCACUGGAAGAAGGGAAGAAACCAAUGUCAUCUGAGAAAGUUGCUUUUUGAACCUGCAAAAGGGGCGAGAGAGUUGUGUUGCGAGCAAGAGUGAGAACUAAAAGGCAUUUGCUAACUUCUUGCAUGUUCGCUUUCCGAUUUUAAAAUUUUAUCGGGGACAAGGGGCGUGUACAUGCGACCCCCCGCAGCCACUUGAGGAAAAGAGAGAGGAAAAUGCCUUCAUGCCAUCUCUCACUUCUCUCUAUUUUGGAUAUCCGCUUGUUUCAAAAAGGAGACAAAGAAAUCGAAAUAUCACUGUCGCUUCAAAGUGUUCUUUGCUGUUUUUGUACGCAACACUGCUUCCUUACAAGUGCGUUUCUUCUUGUCAUCAUUUGCUUAGAAGAUAACUUCCUCCACAUCCAUCACUUUCACGCAUCGAAAAAAUCCUCUCUAGCAAAC